CGUUCCUACCGAUCGUACCGUACGCGCCCUUUCUCCGGCCAAAUCAUGGCGUCAUCCCGUUUAUGGGCGAUCAUCUUAAGCAAACCUGAAACCUCACCUCACCUCACCCAUGUUAUGUAUACAGUAUAUAUACCUCAGCUCAGCUCAGAGGCGGAGAGAAGAAAGCAGUCCUGAGCCUAGGACUAGGACAGGGAGAGAGGAGAAAACCGAACAGCCAAAAAAGCCAACAGCAGCGAGACAGAGAGCGAGCCUUUUGCCCUUUUGCCGUUCGGAUUCGCAUCCAUCUCUGCGCCACGCCGCCGGGCCGCUCAUGGACGGGCAGGUGAGGGAUUCUUCUGCCGCGGCGGCGCCCAGCACCAGCGGCGCGUCCGACGGGGACGACAAUGCGGGCGCCGGCGGGGCAAAGGUCUGGGUCCUCGUGCUCCUCUUCGCGCUGCUCCUGCUGCCGUUCCUCCCCUCCGCGGUGCGCCGCGGCGGCCCCACGCCCUGGGCGGGCGGAGGACUCGGAGGCGGAGGGGGCGGCGGCGGGGGCGCCGGGUACCGCCGCGGCGGGAUCAGCUUCAAGAGCGGCUGGGACGUCGUCAACCUCUGCCUCGUGCUCUUCGCCAUCCUCUGCGGCCUCCUCGGCCGCGGCGGCGCCGGGGACGGGGACUCCUCCUCCUCCUCCUCGUCGUCGGCGGCGGCGGCCAAGGACGGCCGGCAGGUGUCUCCCGCGCCGCCCGCAGCGGGCGCGGGGGACUGGGGGGAGGGGUACCACCACUCCUUCGACAGCGUCUACGCCAGCCUUCCCCGCCCCAACCACGCGGCGGCGGGGAUCCGCCGGAUGAAGAGCAGCAGCUCCUACCCGGAGCUGCGCCUCGGCAGCGACGGCGUCUGGAGCCUCGCGUCGCCCGAGGCGGCCUGCCGCUCCUACGACGACGAGCAGCUCUACCGGAACCGCCGCCCGGAGCGCCAGGAGCGGACCUGGGACGUCGACCCGCACGGGAGGGCGGCGGAGGUCAAGACGAUCCCCGUCGACACGUUCGUCGAACGCGGCCGGAGGUCACCGCCUCGGGAGCCGCGGAGGCGGAGGAGGAGCGUCGAGAGGCUCCCCAAGAUGCCCGAGGUGGAGGAGGAGAGGCCGCGGCCCAGGGACGCGGCCGUGUCGCCGGCGAGGAGCAGGAGGUGGAGCGCGGGGGCGGACGACGUCGUCAUACCGGAGCAGGAGGUGCGGGUGGCGACGCCGGCGCCGAGGAUCAGGAGGUGGAAUUCGGAGUCGUUGGACUCGAUACUGGACCGGGAGGCGGCGGUGGCGCCGGCGAGGAGCAGCAGGUGGAGCGCGCCGGCGGCGGACGUCAUACCGGAGCAGGAGGCGCGGGUGGCGCCGCCGAGGAUCAGGAGGUGGAACUCCGAGUCGCUGGAUGCCAUACUGGACCAGGAGGCGGCGGUGGCUCAGACCAGGAGCAUGAGGUGGAGCGCCGAGGCGGUUGACGUGAUACCGGAGCAGGAGGCCCGGGUGGCGCCGGCGAGGAUCAGGAGGUGGAACUCGGAGUCGUUGGAUGCGAUGCUGGACCAGGAGGCGGCGGUGGCUCCAUCGAGAAGCAUGAGGUGGAGCUCGCCCCCGGUGGACGUGAUACCGGAGCAGGAGGCUCCGGUGGUGAUGGCACCUGCUGCGGCACAGCCUCCGUCUCCGCCGCCAGCGCCUCCGCGACGGCGACGGCGCAGCGUCGAGAAACUGCCGAGACCAGAGGACGUGGAGCAAGACAUUGUAGUGGAAGAGGUCAGGAACCCGAUGCCGCCGGCCAUGUUCCCGCCUGGAACGCCACCCCCGCCUCCGUCGACGGUGUCGCGCAGCAAGAAGAAGCGCGGCGGUAGCGUGGGCGGCGCCAAGGAGCUGGCGUCCGCCAUUGCUCUGUUCUACCAGAAGAAGCGCAAGAGCAUUACCAUGAAGGCCAAGAGGCGGCCCCAUCACCACCACCAUUCCGACGGCCACUACUCGCCGCCGUCGUCCGACGCGUCGGCGAGCCCCGACUCCAGUGUCCGCACCACCAACGCCCCGCCGCCGCCUCCCCCGCCCCCGCCGUCCUCCAUCUUCUCCAACCUCUUCAAGAACAAGAAUGGCGGCAGCAAGAGCCGCCGCAUCCACUCCGUCGCGCCGCCGCAGCCGCCACCCCCGCCACCACCCACUCGCCGAUCGAAGAAGCCGCCUCCGCCCCCGUCUCGCCCCGCACCUCCAGCACCGCCGCCGCCACCGGUUAGAAUGCGCCCGCCGCGCGCGAACGCGCACGCGCACACGCACACGCACGCGCACGCGCACGCGCAGCAGCCACGCGCACACGCACACGCACACGCACGCCACAUCUACUACGCCUACUACCCGCUCCCGCCGGCGUCGCCGCCGCUACCUCCACCUCCUCCGCCGCCACCACCGCUGGUGUCCGAGGGCGACGGUGACACCCCUUCGGUGCUGGCCUCGCCGGCGCCCUCGUACUGCGCGAGCCCCGACGUGAACACCAAGGCGGACAGGUUCAUCGAGAGCUUCCGUGAGGGGCUGAAGCUGGAGAAGCUCAACUCGUACCGGGAGAAGUGGCAGAGGCACAUCCAAGAGGACGCCACCGUGGAGAUUGAGGAGGACGGGGAGUUCAUGGUGAUCGGGUCGCUCUUCGGCAGCGACGACGAGGAGGACGACGGCAUCUCGUUGCCGGAGACGCCGGCGACCGCUGCUGUCGCCGUCGGCUUCUAACGCCUCUGACAUUUUGAAGGAAAAAAACAAAAAAAAGGAGUUGGAAAACUUGGUCCUCAAAAAAUGGAGCGAGAGAGAGAGAAGAUACAACAAAAGAUUAGUAUUUCUUCUGGCUGCUAAUCCCGGUUUGUCUGCAGUACAGUACUGUUCGUGAAUGAUUUCCUUUUUUCGCUGAUUUUGGGUAGUUAUUAGGGGAUUGACAGUGAGGUUUGUGAGAGCGAGAGGGAGCCCCUUUUGUGCUUGUUUUAAAAUGGCCAAAAAGCUCUCCUUGGGUGCUGCAUUAGGAGAGCCGAUUUGAUGAACUUCAUGUCUAUUGCACUUCGGAAGCUUUUGGACUUUGUAAAAAUACAUCAUGACAAAGUGAAGCAUCUUUACCCUUUUCUC